AUAAUAUUCUUACAUUAGAAAAUAUAUUUCAAAUGAAUCUACAUCAAUAUAAUGAUAUUAUUCAAAAUAAUUAGAAUUUUUCUCGAACACGAUUCAAAACGAUUGUUGAAGUGCAUAGGAUAGAAAUUUGUAUCCAUUCCCUAACACAUCAUAGCAGACAUUGUCAUGGAAAUGUGAUAAACCGUUUAUCAAUAAAAUGAUAGUAAAGCAAUGUAUUCCAAUAUAGAAAGAAUAAAACAAUGUCCCUGGUAUAAGCAACAGUAAUUACAUCGUGUUUUAGCUUUUUAAAGUAAAAAAUGAAAAUAAAAACCAGUACUAUAUCAGUAUGUACAAUUUUGGUGUAAAUACUGAACAGUAAAUCAUCAACACACAGUUCACUGAAAGUACUGAUUAUAAUGGCAUCGAUGUCUAUUGAAGCACAGACUAUCCUGACAUUGAUGUUCGCUGCACCAUAGAGAUAUCAUUCAUUGAGUCGAUGAUCAAUAAACUGAUAUUGUACAUCUCUACUAUUGUAUAAAAUAAAAUAAAAAAUGUUGAUUUUGAAAAAUUUCAUUUUCAAAUCCAUAAACAUUAUCGUCAUACAUUAGGUACAAAUAUUCAACAAGAACGUGGUUCAAGCACUUGAAGAUUCAACAUUACUUCUUAAUAGUAUUUUUAUAUAUUGUUUUCUUUUUCAAUUCUUUUUAAGGUAUAGUAAUAUCACGUUUCGUUGGUAUCUAUCUUUUACAAGUUGAACAGUGGAUUCCAAUAUUAUCUUUAAUUUCUGAUGUAAUUAAAUUAUGGGCAAUUGUAGAACAAAAAUAG